CGUCCUCCCAAAUAAGUGCAUAAGACGAUUGAUGAAUGGAUGCCAGCGCUGCAUGCGAGAUUUCCGAGUGCCAGCGAUCCCGCGCCGGGUGCCUGCCAUUGGCGCGCUCUGACCUCGCGCUCAGAUGUGAAACAAGCGAGGGGGUUCGUGGCUUCCAUACCGCAGCGUCGUUUAUAUUACUACAGCAGUCAAGAGGAUUUGUCAAAAUGGGUGGAAGAGAUCUUGCAGCAAGCCAAAUCAAGGGAAACACUCAGAGUUAGGUUCUGUGACAAGCGAAGCUCAGGGGCUCUGCCCCUUGAUAGACACUCAGCAGAGACCCUCAGCAGAGAUGCCAAGUCCAACUUUCAAGGUAGGCACCAAGCUCCAACACCACAUGCCAUGAAACGAAACGAACGAAACAGUCUCACAAACGGGACAGCUUUGCAACAUCAUCCAUCGACCCUCAAUCUUGGGUUUGCUCCCAGUGCACUUCUAGAUAAGAAUUUGCUGAACUGGGGUCUAUACCGGUUCGCAUUUUCUAUGCUCGCGGUACCUUAGGUAUUGUACUUACUCGGCACCGAGCAUGUCGGAUUGCCCUUCGAUACCUCACCCCGGUGGUCAUGCGAGGACAGCCGCAGGAAUCGCGUGGGGGGUCCCGCCGACGCACAUGGACAGUUGGACACCACAACGGAAGAGAAGCUAAUGACCUUAAUGACCUGUGAAUUGGAUCUCGAGGUGGCAGCAUGGAAACUCGAAUGCCCGGCGUGGCAUGUCGCUGGCAGCCAGUGCCAUGCCAGAGCCGUCCAGGCAUCCCACCAAGACAUCAAAUUUCCAC